AUGUUCAACAUACCACGGCGCGUCCGCAAGCGCCUUGUUCAGACCGCGAUCCUCGGCCUCGUCUUCCUCAGCGUGUCGUACAUCAUCCUACCGCCCGACUCGUCCAUCCGGCUGGCGCUGCGCUGGAACGCCGCGCGCGCCUCCGCCGCUGUGCGUUCGGCGACGACCGCCGCCGAGGACCGGGACGCUUGGCUGCGGCGGGAGCCGGCGCGCUACCCGUUUGACAUGCGCGCGGACGUCGGGUGCCUGAUCAAGACGGGCUACGGGACGAGACACCGGGUGCCGCUGCAACUCGCGGCGAUGGGCGGCAGCGUGUUGGGCGAGGAAGGCAGAGACUUCGUGGUGGUGGGCGACUGGACGACGGUGGACGAGGCCGAUGCAAAGAAGAUUGGCGUGCCGGUGCAUGACGUGCUCAAGACGGUGAGGGAGUAUGGCGACGGGGAUUGGAGGGCGCAUCAUAGGUUUAAGAAAUACCAGACGCUGCAGAGCGCCAUAGUGGCGGGCGACGAGGAGACGGCACUGGGUAUAGGACGGAGCGUUGGCUGGGAGCUCGACGCGCUCAAGUUUGCGCCCGGCAUGGAGCUCCUGUAUAAGACAAUGCCCAACAAAAAGUGGUACCUCAUCCUAGACGACGACACGUUCGUCGUCAAGUCGUCGCUGAAACUCUUACUGUCGCACCUGAAUCCCGAGAACGCGCACUACCUGGGCAACGCGGUGGGUGACUUCCGAGGGCGCUUCGCGCACGGGGGCUCGGCCAUUGUCUUGUCGGGCGAGGCAAUGCGGCGGCUGUUCCGGCGGCCCGACGUGGUGCGGGCGGCGUACGCCGAGUCGCUGGACGAGACGUGGGGGGACAAGCUGGUGGCGACGACGCUGCUCAAGCUGGGCGUGUACCUAGAAGAGCGGUACGCGCACCACUUCAACGGCGAGGCCCCCGAGGAGACGCGCAUCACGCAAGACCGAUACUGCGCGCCGAUCGUGUCGUUUCACGGGCUGCGCACGGCGACGGCGACGGAGCGGGUGAGCCGUUUGGUGGGGACGGCGACGGAGCCUGUACGCUGGGGCGACCUGGUGGAGUUAUUUCGAUCAACAGCGCAAGGUCAGGACCAUGUAGGUCCGGACACGGAUAAGAAAGAGGUCAAGACAUGGGGCGUGGUCAAGAAGGCAAGCGACUGCCGGCGCAAGUGCGAGGUCGAGAAUGGCAAGUGGUGUCUGGCAUGGACGUGGGAUGAGCGCGGGGAAGCCUGCCAGGAUGAUGAUGAGGAGAAGAAGAAGAAGAAGAAGAAGAAGAAGCUGUAA